UCCAUCGGCCGGAUUCGGUGGCUCUGCAAAUCUGACAGCUCGGUGGAUUUACAGUCGGUACAGCUCCACUUAAGGGCCAGGCAACGUACCAUGAAGGCUGCCAUAUUGAUGUGGAUCUUUUGUGGAUGGCUAGGAUGUCCCAUGUGCUUCGGUCAGGAACCUUCGUUGAAGCCACAGCCUGGAGCCAAAUCUCGCGUAGUCCGAUCAAGCUACAUCGAGGUUCCCUUGCGGCCGCCAGACUUCCAAUAUUCCUCACAAAGAAACCUUCCGUUCGGACCGCGGAGACACCGUUUCAUGCACUUCGGCAAAAGAGAAUACCUUCCUCCCUUUCCCCUACAUGUGUUCACACCAGACCCCUUCGAACUGGGUCUCAUUGCGGAAGAGGACUUGAGUUCACUACCACGAACAGACGACGACGAAGAACAGGUGGGCUCAGACUACAACGAGAUCGAGCCCGGAGUCGACAAACGUGGCCGUGACGAUACAAACAGAUUUAUUCACUUCGGCAAGAGAGUGUUGUACGAAUAUAACGACGACGGGCGAAUGAAAAGGAGCGUCGACGACGUUUCGAGUGAGGAGACCAAAAGGGCCGGGAAUAAAAUUAUGCAUUUCGGAAAAAGGCCGUCCGAAGAUGACAUGUUCGACGAAGACUGGUUGGACGACGCUGAAGAGAAGAGGAAUAGAAUUAUGCAUUUCGGCAAGAGGGCCGUCGACUACUACAAGAAGAGGAAUCCCAACAGAAUUAUGCAUUUUGGAAAGAGGUCACCAAUACCGUACAACAAGAAGGCCAACAAAAUUAUGCAUUUCGGCAAGCGGGAUCCCGAGACGGUGUCCCUUGAAAGCGCCUUCGACGACUUGGUCAAGCGGGCACCGAACCGAAUGAUGCACUUCGGGAAAAGGACGGAAGACGGGGUUCUUAAACGGGCACCCAACAAGAUCAUGCACUUCGGCAAAAGGAUGUUCGACGACGAUGACGACCCUAUCAAACGCGCUUCUCAUCGCAUCAUGCACUUCGGCAAAAGGAUGUUCGACGACGAUGAAGACCCUAUCAAACGUGCUUCUCAUCGCAUCAUGCACUUCGGCAAAAGGAUGUUCGACGACGAUGACGACCCUAUGAAACGUGCUUCUCAUCGCAUCAUGCACUUCGGCAAAAGAACCUUCGACGAUGAAGACCCUAUGAAACGUGCUUCUCACAGAAUCAUGCAUUUCGGCAAACGACUACUAGACGAAGACCCCGACAAACGUGCCUCUCACCGCAUCAUGCACUUCGGCAAAAGGACGUUCGACGAUGAAGACCUGAUGAAACGUGCCCCUCACCGGAUCAUGCACUUCGGCAAAAGAACGUACGACGAAGAAGACCCAGUGAAACGUUCCUCCGAUGGAGUCAUGGAUUUCGGCAUGGGAACCUUGAACGAGGACAACUCAGAAAAGCGAGCUUCCCACAAGAUCAUGCACUUCGGCAAAAGACAGGACGACGAGGCGACGGUGCAACGAAGAAAGAGGUCCGUGGAGGAUGAAGCCACGCUACAAAGGAUGGUGAGCGAGCUGAUUGGCUUCGACAAGCGGCAACCAGGAGGCAUCCUAUCGCCCCCCUUGCAGCUGCCCCACGCGUACGUGGCAGCGCAUGUGUACCGGUCCGCCAUUCCGCGCAUGCUCAGCCGGCCAAGCCGGAGCGACAGGUUUUUUCCCGCCUUGCUCGGACACGACGCGAGUCGCCCCAGGGCUCAAACACGGAAUGUGUUCCUGCACUUCGGCUAAGGCCACAGCCUCGGCUGAGCCGUGGCAUUCCUCCUCCUUUCCUCUGCAUUUGCAACGACCCCCGUCCAGAACGGACGUCCACUGGGGUUUAUCCGAAAUCCUCCUUAGCUACUACGUCCGUCUCCAGCGAUGCAGGGAUAUAUAGUUAUCGUCUAUGGGACGCAGCAGGGACGUACAAAGGCUUGCUUGGAGAUGCCUCCUUUCCCUCUAAUAAGUGCUGUCACGUCUAAUCUGCGCAGCGCGCGUACCUCGGACGCAAAGACGAGGUACAUAUAAUCUAUUUAUUUUUAGCGACGCUGACGCAGUACGAACGUCAAAGAACACCUUAUGGACGCGUAGAUGGAAGUUAUGCGUUGGAAUCUGCGGAAGAAUCUCCAAAAUCCUGUGCAUGGUGUAGUUACCAAUACAUUACAGAUGUCUGCGUUACACUUGUGUCUUUGGCUCUUCGAUAGUAAACUAUAGAAGCAGAAGGACGUCUUGAUCUGGCUAAAAACAGCACGUUAUGUAGGGAAAUACACGUACAAUGUAUUCAGGUGUCAUAGUCAGUCGUAAAAUCAGUAUAUUUAUUUAUUCUAAUGCAUCCAAUGCCUCUGCAACCGUAUUAAGUUUUACCAAUUCCUUAUAUUUUUUGUAGUGCACCCAAUCUCCUUACCGUCAACCUGGCCAUUUUCAGUUCACGUUGUCUACUUCACUGGAGGCUCCAUUCAUCACCUGUUCACUAUUUAUUUAUUUAUUUCUCAUGUCCAUUUCUCAACAGUAUCCUAUCGAUGCAAGCUAUCUUCGUGAAACCAGUCGCAUCAGUGGAUUUUUUUAAAAAUUAUGACCUAUGGUUAGCUAGUUACUUCACCGAUGCUUAUGGUAUACAGAGUAGACUGAGAUGCUAUUGGAUGGUACUAAGCAGGUAUUGUUCUACUCGCGAAUAAUGGACGUCUCUUCUAUAGUCCACGCGUGCUCCUCCUUCGAAUCCGGAGACAACCUAUAGUGGACAGCUAUAGAUAUCAUUCAGUUACAGCUACCCGGGUGGUUUUUCACUCCUCAUAGGACAUACCGCAGUGGACGUCCGUUCUCCUGCGGGGGUCCGCCAUAUUGCUCCGGCAGCACAGAAGACCAUCUUCAAGGAGUUCAAUAUCAAGAAAGUGCUGGCGCUAUAUUUGAGAAGAUAUUUUGUCUGAAGGUUCCUGUGAUAAGGAACAGAGAGAAUGUUACGCAAAAUAAAGGACACUGUUGGUCAUUGCC